ACUGUGAGUGGGAGGAAGCCAACUUGGAAACAACGCGGAGCGAAACUCCCUCUCGCUUCAGACUCGAGUGACUCGGUGGUCAGAGCCUGUGGACCAGCGUUAGGUAACUGCACACACCGGGUUGUACUGACGGCGGCCUGACUUUACAACUACGCAAUUUUUUUGGUUCGCUUCAAACUUUCGGCGCGUCUUCAUCUGUCGUGCUCGAAGGUCGUGUGCCCUGGGAGCCAAGCGACCGUCCCGCAUGUGUCCGUCUUGCUCCCGCUAGCCGUCCUCUCCAACAACCAGCCGGGGAGCAGCACACCGGAGCCGCCGAGCUCAAGGACCGUCAUGGAUCUAACAAGAGAGGCCGAGGAUCGACGGGGGGAGAGCGGGAGAAAAGUACGACUGAGUCCCAUGUACGCCCUCGCUAUCAUCAGCCUCCAAGUCCUAUCCAUCCAGGCUGCUGCCAUCCAGUUUACCAAGGAGCCCAAGUCCCAAGAUGCCUUGCACGGCCGCAGCGCCAUGCUCCGCUGCGAGGUCAGCGAUCCAACCGACAUCACUUACAGCUGGCUCCACAAUGGCCACCCCCUGGAAAACAGCGAGAGGCGCUACCAGGAGGGCAGCAAUCUCAAAUUCACUGCUGUGGACCGCCAGAUGGACGCGGGAAACUUUGAGUGUGUCGUAGAAAACACGGCCACAGGGGAGGCGCUCCAUUCCACAAACGCCUCCUUCAACAUCAAAUGGUUAGAAAGUGGUGGUGUGACAUUAAAGGAGCCCACCUCAGAGGGGGAAAUUGAGAGCUCAGCACCCGUCACGCUUCGCUGUCACAUUGACGGACACCCACGGCCAACGUGCCAAUGGUUCAAGGAUGGGGUGAAGCUGACUGAGAAGAGUCAUCAGAUCAACAACAAGGAGCGGACUCUCACCUUCAAGAGCGCGACUCCAGACGACAACGGUCUGUUUUACUGCUGCGCCAAGAACGCAGCCGGCCAUGUCUGCAGCAAUAGCAACUUUACUCUCAACAUUAUAGAUAAGAGCUUUCCCCGGCCCGUGGUCACUCCUGAGGACCAGGUGGUUCUGAGGAAUGAAGAAGCUGUGUUCCACUGCCAGUUCACAGCCGUGCCGCCUCCUACGCUGGAGUGGUACCAUGAAAAUGAGCUGCUGGUUAACAAAUCUCGUGUUUUCCUGCUCUCCAAUGGUUCACUGCUCAUCACCCAGGUCAAGCCCAGAAACACUGGUUUGUACAAGUGUGUCGGCCACGGCGUCAGCGGCUCCCAAGUGACACACGAGGCGUCCCUCCUCAUAGCUGAGAUCGAUGACAUGCUGUCCAAGAUGUCCAAAGUUUUCACAGCAGACACCCUGCAGCGGGUUCCCUGUAACCCCCCGCGGGGAAGACCCCAGCCCAUGGUCUGGUGGGAGAGAGGAGGUCAGCGGGUGCCCGCCGAGGGACGAGUGUACCAGGAUGGCUUGGAUUUGGUCUUCAGCCCUACUGAGGCCGGAGAUUCUGGAGUCUAUACCUGUGUAGCUCAGAACAAGGCAGGCCGCAGGACACAGGAGGUCACAUUCACUGUGGCCACCGCCCCUGUGUGGGUAACAAGGCCCCAAGACAGCCAUUUGGAAGAAGGAAAGCCGGGUUACCUGCACUGUCACGCCAAAGCCACUCCAGAACCUGAAGUCACAUGGCUGCGCAACAAUAUCAUGAUCACACCAGAGGAUUCCCGUUUUAAACUGUUCCCAAAUGGCACAUUGAGGAUCAACAGCGUGGAGGUGUACGACGGACAGAUGUACGGCUGUGAGACCAAGACAGUGGGUGGUCGACUGUCUGGCCAGGCCAGAGUUGCCGUGCUGGAGAAGCUGAAGUUCACGCCGACCCCGCAGCCCUCUCAGUGCCUGGAGCUGGAUAAUGAGAUCAACAUCCAGUGCUCUGCUAAAGGCAGAGAGAGUCCCACCAUCCGCUGGACUAAAGCAGACGGAGGAGACCUGCCACCCCAUGUGGAGCAGAAAAAUGGUCAGCUUCACUUCUCCAAAGUCACCCGCAGUGACGCUGGCAAUUACACCUGCAUUGCCUCCAACAGCCUCCAGGGGGAGAUCAGAGCCUUUGUAUCCCUCACAGUGGCAGUGUACAUCCGCUUUAAAGUGGAGCCAGAGAAUACAACAGUGUACCAGGGCCACACAGCUAUCCUGCACUGUCAGGCCACAGGCAGCCCUGAGCCUCACAUCCACUGGAUGGUCAAAGACAAGACGCUGGACAUCAGCAGGAACAGGAGGAUCCAGAAGAUGCCCAAUGGCUCCCUGGUGAUUUCAGACGUCACCACAGAUGACACAGGCAGAUACACAUGUGUGGCUGGAAACAGCUGCAGCAUCAAAGACCGUGUGGCUCAGCUCUAUGUCGUGGAUAAACCAGCGCAGACGCAUGACGAGGAUGAGGACCGAGCGCCUUACAAGAUGAUUCAAACCAUCGGGCUGUCUGUGGGGGCAGCUGUGGCUUACAUCAUCGUGGUGCUCGGCCUCAUGUUCUACUGCAAAAAGAGACGCAACGCCAAAAGACUGCACAAGCGUCAAGAUGGAGAGGAACCAGAGAUGGAGUGUCUCAAUGGAGGGGCUGUCCAGCAGAAUGGCCACACCACCACUGAGAUCCAGGAGGAGGUGGCGCUCACUAACAUGGGCACCAUGGCAACAACCGAGAAGCGCCACAGCCACGUCAACAGCGAUAAGCUGCACUUCCCCCGAGCAAACCUGCAAACCAUCACGACUUUAGGUAAAGGAGAGUUUGGCGAAGUGCUGCUGUCCAAAGCCAAGGGCAUCGAGGAGAGGGAGGAGGAAACGGUGGUGCUGGUGAAGAGCCUCCAGACUAGAGACGAACAGCUUCAGCUCGACUUCCGCAGAGAAGCGGAAAUGUUCGCCAAGCUCAGCCAUCCCAACGUAGUCCGUCUGCUGGGCCUGUGCAGAGAGGCUGAGCCCCACUACGUAGUCCUGGAGUACUACGACCUGGGAGAUUUGAAGCAGUUCCUGAGGAUUUCCAAAAAUAAAGAUGACAAGGUCAAAUCUCAGCCUAUCAGCACUAAAACCAAAGUUUCCAUUUGUGCACAAGUGGCUCGUGGGAUGGAACAUCUGUCCAAUCAUCGCUUCGUCCACAAAGACUUAGCCGCUCGAAACUGCCUCGUCAGCAGUCAGAGACGCGUCAAAGUGUCGUCCCUCAGCCUCAGCAAGGACGUUUAUAAAAGCGAGUACUAUCACUAUAGACAAGCGUGGAUCCCCCUGCGCUGGCUCCCAUCAGAAUCUGUGUUUGAAGACGACUUCUCCACCAAAUCUGAUGUUUGGGCCUUUGGCGUGCUCAUGUGGGAGGUGUUCAGUCACGGGGAAAUGCCAUAUACCAAACUCGGAGACAAUGAAGUGCUAGAAGGCCUGCAGACAGGGAAGCUGAAGCUCCCCCCUCCAGAAGGAUGCCCCUCCAAAAUGUACAAGCUCAUGGUCAGCUGCUGGGCCCCCAGCCUCAAGGAGCGGCCCUCCUUCAGUGACGUGGUGCGCACCCUGGGAGAGACGCCCUCUGACAGCAAAGUCUGAGACGGCGACCCACCAGGCAGUGAAACUUCAGCCACGCGUCUUCUCCCUGCUUCUGAAUAAAGACAGCAAUGCUGGAUUAUUUAGUCUCACACUUCCGGGAAGAAGAACACAAUUUUAAAUAUGCAUUUCAGACUUGUUUUUAAUGAAAGGAGUGUGUGGAGGAGACUUUUUUUGCCAUAUCGGUGACUGGCUUCUUGUGAGCAGGAGGAGUUUACGUUUGCCUUAAACGCAACAUGGAUGACAUCCCUCUUGCUCAACUUCCUGUGAGUCUGCCUGCUUGCAGCCACUCAAUCGCAGAGACUUUUCACAAACACUGUGCCUCUCAUCUUCUUUGUACACACACACACACACACACCCACCCACACACACACACACACACACACACUGAGGAUGUGGUGUUAGAGCUCAAAUCAUCCGUUAACAUCCAACUUUUUUUGAGUGGAACAACAUGAACAAGCCUGUCCUUGAACCUAUCAUCCGGUCAGCUGCAUCCUCAUCACGUAUCACCAUCAGCAUGUUCACACGUGUGUGUGUGUGUGUGUGUGUGUGUGUGUGUGUGUGUGUGUGUGUGUGUGUGUGUGUGUGUGUGUGUGUGUGUGCACCCGGACUAUAUGCACUACAGUGUGCACAGAUGGUUUGCAUGAAAGUGUGUAACUAUUACACUUGUGAUGUGCAACAUGAGCAGACUUGUUGAAAAAAGAGUCUGUUAGGAUGAUAAAACUUAAAAAAAAGAAAAAAGGAUGGAGCACACAGCCGAGAAAGGACCCGACUGUUCCAAUGAAGAUUUUGUAUAUUUGAGUGAGUGUGUUUUGUUCUUGUAUUAACUUUUGCAGUGCUUGUUGGUGGACCACUGUAACAUUAUGUCCAAGUUGCAGGGAUCCAUUCUUAGGUGCAAGCAGUUCCUGUCUGGGUCCUCUUGUUUCUGUGUGCAAUGCUGCAAAAGGGGACCAGUGUACAUAAUGUAGAGACCUUGCACUAACCUCCCUCUUUUGUCUCCAUCAUGUUGUGUCGAAGGCCUGUUUAUUUAUAAUGGAGGUCUCGUUAUUUUUUUGUAUUGGUUUAUAGUGGAAAGGUACUGCUCUGGUGUUGUUCCGCUUCAUGUUCAUUCUCAUGAUCCGUCUCAGUGUGUGCAUAGCCUGGUCAGCCAGCUGAAAAUGCUAACACAGUACAAAAAAAAAAGUCACUGCUGGUCACCAGUAUGUUAAAUAAGUGCCUGGUAAAUGAAGGAUGAUCUAAAACACUUCACUUUUCUUUUCUUUUUUUUUUUUACAUUAUCUAAUGAAAUGCCUUUGUUCAUGAUUUUUUUUUAAUGUUUUUAGUGUAAUAUGUUUCUACGAAUGCUAGGCAGUCACAUCUAAACCUUUUUUUAAUCAGCUUCAGCACAAGUCCGCUGUUAUAAUGGAUAUACAAAUGUAUACAUACUGCUGUCAAUAAAGGUCCACAACGUUUUUUACCCAAUUAGUUGCUUUAA